AUGGAGGUGGAUCAACGCGAAAGGCUGCGGACGUUGAUAAGGCAAUGGAACGAGAACCGGCUGGAUUUGUUCAGCAUCAGUGAGCCCAACGAGGUAUUUUUCGAGUUUUUAAGUUGUUUUGGCGAUUGUAAUUGAUGGAUUUUUGAGUAAUUAAGGUGUUAUGUUGGUGUAGAGGCUGUUUUGAUCGAUUUUGAUGGUUUCUUUGGGAAAUUUAUGCAAAUUUUUAUUAUGUAAAUUGAGGAUAAGCUUUGUGAAACAUUUUUAAGGUUUUUUUUUCUAAAAAAACUACAUUAGUAUACGUGCGUAAAAUUGAAAAGAAAUUUAUGCGAUGUUUUUUGAAGUCAACCUUGUUUUUUAUUAAUUUAUGCAAAUUUUCUAUAAGCUAAACGAACAAAAAUGAAUGUAAAAGAUACUCCAGAACUUCCUCUGCAAAACUACAUUAAUAUCAAACUAUAAAAACUUAUACUUUUUGCAGAAUAUGGAAUUCUACGGAGUAAUGCGCUUCUACUAUCAAGAACCAGGCCAGAAAGUUACUACCAAAUGUAUUCGAGUUUCGUCUUCAGCUACAACCAAGGUGGUAAUAGAAGCGCUGGUGGAAAAGUUUCAUCCUGAUAUGAAGAUGUUAACAGAACCGGACUAUUCGAUAUGGGAAUUGCAUGAGAACAAAGAGGAACGCAUGUUGGCUAUGGAUGAGCGGCCCUUGUUGGUACAGUUGAGUUGGCACCAGACGAACAGAGAAGGCAGAUUCUUGUUGAGAAGCACCGAUGAACCUGAAUAUUUGCCGUUUUCUGUGAGUUUUGUGCUGGGAGGCUUUCUUUUGCAAAAAAUUAAUUUUGCACUGUGCAAGGUUACAUAUGUGCUUCGACGGGAAACUUGAAUUUUUAAUAUUUUAAAGUGCAUAGUUAAAAUUAUUGUUUUGCUUAUUGAAUAUAGUAUUUAUACGCUAGUUACUGACCAACUUUUAGUUAGUUUCGAUUUAAUUUGACUUUUUUACGACAAUUUUUCUUAAAAAUCUACCUUAAUAUUAAGUGUAACACUUUUAAGCCAUCAUAACUCAAUUCUCGUAACUCCAUACCUCUUCGAAUACCAAAGACAGUCUAAAAAUGUCUUACAGAUUAAGGUUAUUGUAGUUUAAACGCGUUACGGCAGAUUGGAAAUGACAGAUGGCCGUUUUGUUAUUCGGAAGCAGAUUUAGGUAAUAAAAUGGCUUUUUAUUACAUGUUGAUCUAUUGUCAUGACAUGGCCUUGUUUUUUAGAUGUUAAUGAUUUAAAGCAGCAUAAUGACUAUGAAAUCAUUUUACACAAAUUAAUUUUGUUAUCAGAUCAAUUAACUAGAAAGUUUGGGAUGAUAUUACUCAUACCUAAAAUCAUAUAAAUAAUGACGAAUUGUGAGAACAAAAGAGAAAUGGUUUAAAGUAAAGAAAGAUGACAUUAUAAAAUUAUAAAAACUAAAGUUAGGUAAUAUAAAUGAAGUUUUUUUGAUUAAAAACGGCAUUCCGCUCGAUAUUAUACUUGAUACUGCACUAUAAUAAUUAAAAAAAUUUGUUUCAACUACUUUUCAUUAGCUCUUUAACUCAAUGUUGGUCUUAAAUGAGUGAGAAAAGAUUAUUCUUUAAUGUAAAAAUAAAAAACAACAAUAUUUACAACGUUUUAAUACUAUAAUGAGCUAUUUUUGUUGUUUUAGGCGUUACAAUUUGGAGAUGAAGUUCGAUCAUCAAAACGAUCAAACAAAUUUAAGAAGCGAAUCAAGGAGAAGAGUAAGUGAACGCUUUGUAAUAGAAUACUUUGUUUACAAUUUGCAAAAAUUUUUUUUUAUUUUGAAAUUUUUGCACCGUGCAGAAUUUUAUUGACUGCACUGUGCAAAAAAUAAAAUUUUAAAAUUGCAAAAUCAAAACAAUACAAUUUGAAAAAAUUAUUAAAAAAUGCAAUCAUCAAGUGAAAAAUUUACAAAAACUUUGUUUCCAGACAGCAACUACUCGGAUGACAUGAACAAGUGUUUGUACGAAGAGCUACCUGAGAAUACCUUUACAAGGACAAUAUCGAAUCCAGAAGUUGUGAUGAAACGCCAAAGGGAACAGAAAAUCGACCAGAAAUUGAAAGAGCUUGGAGAGAUGGGUUUGACUGGUAAGUUUUGGGUCUUUUAGGUACUGAAUUCAGUUGCUGAAGGAUUUUAUUGUACUCUUUGGGUAGUGUAACAUUAUUUCGAUGUUUUUUUGGUGGUAAUGGUUGUUAUUGAUUAUUUUAGGUAUUAAGACAGCUUUUAUUUUCAAAUUUAGGUAGUUAAAUCAAUUUCGGAAUAACGUUUAGGUAUUAAAAAUUAUUUUAAAAUUAUUUUUGCUUAUUUUUGUUACCCAAAUUUUGUUAAAUUCGAUUUAAAACAAGGUUAUUAAAGCGGAGAUGCUUUUAAAACUACUAUUUACCGUUGUGAUAAGAAUCUUUUUUAAUUUCCAUCUAUUAAAUAUAGACAUUCAGUUCUACCUAAUAUUAAACGAAGCACUUCUAGCCAUUUUUUAUUAAACAAAACCUUAUUUUAGGUGGAAGUCUGAAGAUUUAUUGUGAAGAAUUGGAUGCCAACCGGCCAUAUGUGUCAGUAUUGGUAAGCCCGUUGGACCACGUGGAGAAGGUGCUACAGGAAGCGGUUGAGAAGUUUAGUUUUGGCACUUUGGAUUACAAAAGCUUUGUCAUUGUGGAGGUAAGACAUUAUUUUGGGACGGGGUUUUUAGGAUUUUAUAAGGUAAGGAGAGAGAGGAAGGGGGGGGAGAGAGAGGAAGAGGGACUACUGCUACCUACUCCUGUUCUUACUCUUCUCCUACCGCUACCCUUACUGUUUUCUCUAUUUUUACUCUACCCUUGCCUCUCCCUCUAUCUUAUCCUACUCUUACUUCUACGUCUAUUCCGGACUGAUCUAAAAAAAAUUUUUUUUUAUUUUAACAAAACGGUUUUAAAAAUGGCAAUAAAACAUAUUUUUAAGAGUUAUUAAGCAAAAAGGAAGCGCUUGCUUUUUUUAAAAAUAAAAAAAAUUUUUUUGCUGACUGGACCCAAAGAUUUUGGGUUUGGAGCGGAUCGGACCUAAAAAUCACCGGACUGGACCGGUGAAAAACGUUGCGGUCGGGCAAAACACUUUAUGGUACUGUUUGAGGGUAGGGUAGGAUAGGGUAGGACAGGAUAGGGUCGGGUUGGGCAGGGUCGGGUAGGGUAAGGUAUAGUAUGUCAAGGAGAAAAUGCGAAAAGUUUAAAAUUUUAAAAGUUAUUCCUACUUCUACCCAUACCUCUACUUUUAUUUCUACCCCUACUUUUAUCCUUAUCUCUACUUUUACUUCUACGCCUACUGGUAUGUUUGUUUUACUUCUAUUUGUACUUUUAAUUCUAACCCUACUCCUACUUCUACUGCAACCACAAACCCUACUUUUACUCCUACUCUUGCCCUUACUUCUACUCCUAACUUUUUUUUACAUUCAUUCUUAAUUUUCUUUAUACUUUUACCGCUACCUCCUCUUAAUCUACUCUGUGCCCUACCAUCAUUACUUUUUUCUACCCUUCUUUUUCUUAGCUUAUCAUAAAUUACCUAAAUUAACAUAUCUCACGAUGAAUAAGAGAUAAAAGUCACAAAAAGAGCGGGGAACAGUUUUACUGACAUAAAUGACCUUUCGAUUAAAAGUUUACGAUCAAUGAUACCUAAUGCUUUGAUACCUUUUCAGGUCCAACAAAUAAACGGACAACGCAGCGAACGAAGCCUUCUCUUUGAUGAAUGUCCUGUAGUUGUCUUGGCUCAAAACAACUCCACUGGAAGUAGGUUGUCAUAAUCUUAUCCUAAGACCUUCUGAAGGUCUUUACCUUUCUAAAAAUGACUUUUUUAAAGUUUUUUGAUAAACUUGUAUGGAAUUAGAGGGGGGGGGGGGGGGGAGGAGGGGUGAUCGAUUUGAGACGUGUUUUGGUUGUGGAAUAAAUAUUUCUAGGGGGAUUAAGGGGUUUUUAAAGGAAUUUUAAGCUUAGAAUGGGUUUUUCAUUUCAUUUUUUGGGGGUGGUAAAAUUUAUUAUUUUCAAUGUAGGGGAGGGGGUUGCAGUUUUACUUCUUUUUUUUCCCAAAAAUGACUGUUUUUCGACCAAAAAAUGACAAAGAUACAAUUUUUAAAACAUUUUACUGUAGAUAUUCAAUAGCUUUUCACCUAUUGAUUACUCAAAAACCAAUAUAUUCUUUACUAUUUUAUGGUAGACAUAAAAAGUAAAUGUUUCGAUUAGAAAGUAAUUUGUUGUGUUACCCAAAGCAAUUAAUAACGACAGCUCAAACAGUUUUUUUAAACAUUCUCGCGACGAUUUAUCGAAAAGUUCGCGCAAACCAACAUGUAUAUUGUUGUAGUAGGGGAGCAUUGUAGGUGAGAAGCUAAGGGAUACUGUAUUAGCUUGUUCAAAUAAUUGUGAGCUUUCAAAAAUUUGCGUUGAGAGGGGGCACAGAAUUAUUUGAACAAUAUAAUAUGUAUCAGCAAAAGUCUUGUCGUCAAUUUUUUAUGUCUUUCAACUUCAAAAACGACAAGAUUUUUUGUUGACUCUAUUAGUAGUGUUUUACUGUAACAUGAGCUAUGACAUAUUACCGUAGAACACUUUGAAACGAAGUGUUGUAACAGAAGCAGAUUAAUGGUAUUAUGUUCUUUUUGUUGCAGUCGAGACGUCAUUUCAUCUGAGGAAACGGACUUCAUCGCCUCCAACGACAUCGACUCCGUUGAACGGGAAAGAGAGCACGGUGAGUGGGGAGUGGGGACAGAACGUCGAGAUUCUGAGAUUAAUCGCGACCUCGUCGCUUUUUUUUCUUCCUUUAAUUGCGCGCUGACCGAUUUGCUCGUGCUGCGCAUUCCUCCAAUCAAUUUGAUUUAAUAUUCAAAUUUCUGUCUCUUUUCUUGGGCUACCUUUAGGAGGUGAUUUGGGGGGGGAAUGAAAAAGUUAAAUGAUUAUGGGUUGAUUUUUGAAAUUGAGGGAUUAGGCUACGGGAGAAAGAUACCUAUAUAGGAUGAAAGAGCAAAAAAGUUACGGAAAAUACAAUUUUUAAAAAUUGCUAUGGCCUUGGCUAGCUAGAUAUUAAGAUUUAAAGAACAUUUUGCUUUUUUCAAAUUUGCAUCGGCUCGGCCUAGUGGGUCCUCAUCCACGUGUGCAGAAGGCGGACUAACCUCCUUCUGCACGCUUAGGCUUUUUUGCUUUUUUCCAUUGUGACAAUAUAUAUUGGCUAGCCAAACAAUAAUUUUAUUAGAAAAAAUUUUUUAGUCAUGAUUUUUGUUUUCACUCACUUUUAGAAAAUAUUUAUCAAAAAAUAUAGUUUUUCAAAUUCUAAAAUUACGAAGCUAGACUUUUUAAACUUAUAUGAAUAUACUGUAACUUGCUAUGCAAGGCUAUUUGGCAGUUUUUAAAACUGUUUUAGCGAGUUUUUUAUAUGCAGGGAUGAUUUGCCAAAGCAAUUCACUGUAAAAAGGGCUUAUGCUUAAAAGAAUAAAAACGUAAUUAAAAUGUGUAAAGGGAUGCAAUGACGAAGAUAUUUGGAAUUCGAAAGUAUCAUGAUAUUUCUUGUUAUUUAUGAUCGAUGGAUACGACGAUCUUUCGGAUUUUAUGAGCGAUCUUUGGGUGCGUUAGUAAUUGGAAACUCUUCUAAAUGAUUUAUCAUUACUUUUUUGCAAAUAUAAUUUAUUAAGUAGGAUUAAAGCUUAAAAAAUUUGUUAAAACUAAUGUUUAUAUAGUAUUUAACGUGCAUUUUCAGGUGCGUGUUAAAGCAUCCACGUCUUCCACCUGUUGCUCUCUCUUUUAGCUGUACAUGCCGGUACAACUCUUGUUAUCUGUCUGAUUACGUGUAUCAAUCUAGUUUUGUUUUUCAAUGAAAUCUUUUUGUGCUUAUUUUAUACUGUCUUAUAAAGCUUGGUUUAUAAACUCUUAUUGUUGAAUUCAGCUUACUUUUCACAUAUAAAGUCAUUUUUUAUUGUCACUUUUACCGUCAAAGAAUAGAGUAUAAUAUAGCGGUAGGGGAAGAUGUGUCAUCAUGUGAAAGAAUCAAACGGUUUUAUUCGAAAACAAGCCUGUUUUUGGGUUCUGGGUGUCUUAUUGUUGUCGUUUUUUUUCAAUUCUGAAUUUAUUUCGGUUUUUUGGAGGAGGUGGAAAGUUUUUUUAAGUUUGAAGGAUAUUUUUGAUUUUAAGUUACUAUCAGGGAAGUCGCUGGGGGAGAAGGGAGGUGAGUGAAUGGGUGUGGACCUUUUUCCUCUCUUCCUCCCAGAGCCGACCUGAAAAAAAUCCUAGCUCUACCUUGUUCUUCCUUAUCUUAUACUGACUUACCCUACUUUACUUUACUUUAUACUUUCUAUUAAUCCUUGUCUCACCCUGCCAUUCCCAUAUCGUACUCUUUACGUAAGAAAUUGCAGAAAAAUUUUUAAAAAAAUUGAAAAUUGAGCGCCUGUACCGUAAAAAAUUUGAAGCGAUGUCCCUGAUUAGUUAGUAUAUUGUAGCCUUAUUGAAACCUGUGUCUUAGAUUGUUUUCAGCAUGUAAUAUACGAUUUAUUUGUACUUUCUGAAGUAUUAUUAUGUGUAAUAUAAUCAAUUUCAGAUGUUAACAGACCCACCACCCAGCUAUCGUCAAGCUACACACUUUGACGUGGCUCCAGAAACGAUACAGUCAAAUAUACCGAACUAUGUGCAGUUGCGAUGUAAGUUAACUUACUGAGGCGUAUGGGAUAUUCAUUUUGAAGUGUUGUUCUAAAAAGCUUUGUAUACGGAUUAAAUAGUACUAUUUAGUAAUAACUAGUAGCAUGAAGGAAAAAAUUGUUCUUUUGGCGGUCCUGUACGAUAAUAUAUACUAAAUUUAUUUUUUAGGUAGCGCAUCACAAUUCCUGACCGGUCUGUUCGAGAACUUUAGAGGGCAUGAAGCCGAGUUUCCAUUGGCACCAGCCUUUGCUACUUAUCUGGCAGUGAAAGACCCACAUAAUCGAGAAGCACUGAUACUUCUCUUUUGUAAUAAAGUCAAUGAUUAUGUUCAGGUAAGCUUUUUUAAAAAUAUUUUUAUUAGACAUUUUAUAUAGGCAGCAUAAAGACAAGUCUAAUUUACGUUUUUUCAUCUAGGGUUAUAUUUAUUUCGUCAUUUUUGAAACUCAACUUUUCAGUCCCGACCAGACGACUGGAGAAUCCAAAACUUUUGGCUAGCCAACUGCCUCGAACUCACGAAUGUCCUAUCAAAAGAUGCCAACCAAAGAGCUACCAACAAUCUAAAUGAACAUCUGAAAGUGACAACCAUCAGAUGCUUCGACUUCCUUGUAGAAUCCUGUAGAAUCGAAGUGGAACGACGAAUGUCAAAGUUCUUGAACAUCACGGUCAGAGGUGACUUUGCAGUGAGGGAGAUCCUGGAUUUCUUGGAGGACGUGUCAAACAAUGUCAGGAGUGUUCAAAUGAAUGCUGGACUGAUUAUUCAACUGUUUUCUCACAUCUUCUACACUAUCAACAUGUAUGCCUUCAAUUGGUUGAUUUCUACUGAAGGUAAGACAGUGGAUUUGUUACGUUUUGGUCGAAAAGUUUGUGGAGCUUUGUUUUUUGAAGUUUUUUAAUGGUGUUGCUCAAUUUAAAAUUUUUAGAAGGCAACUCGAGUCUAACUCGUCAAUUUGCCACCCAAUUCCGCGCUCGCAUCUCCGAACUCACACGAUGGGCAGAAGUGCAUGGUCUCGAGCUCGUAGCUGAUUGUCAACUCGAUCGUAUCAACCAGACCCUUCUCUUACUCGUCACUCCAAAGACUGUAAAUCAAAUUGCCAGUCUAGGAGCGACUUGUUACAAGCUGAACUCACUUCAAGUACGCUUCUUGUUGAGUAUGUACAUAUCCGAGCCGAAUGAAGUGCCAGUAACACAAGUUUUGGUGGACAAUGUAGUACAGUUAGCGGAGCGACAAGCCGAUAUUAUUGUGAAGGAGGAAGGUGGAGAUGUGGUGUUGAAGGAAGACCCGGUAAUGAGGUUACCAUUCAGUUUUCCUGAAGAUGGAUAUGUUUUGGGUAUGUUAUUUUGAAGUUAUGGGGAUUGUGUUGGGUUAGAGAGGCUUGGUUUUUAAUACGAAUGUCACUUCAGAUACUCUAGAAUCAAUUCCUUUGGUCCUGUCCACCCUUCUCAACAACCUUCAACGUCUCGGCUUCUGUGACCUCAUCUACGAACAAUCCCAAGCUUCAUGGCCAUCUCAAUUCAACCACCAGCUCCCACCCAUCCAUCGCCAACCCCCACCUCACUAUCGACCACCAUCCCAAACUCUCUCUUUCGCAAAUCGACCAGACCGAAUCACUGUAACCAUUCGAAGACCAGUAGGCACUGGUCUCGGCCUCUCAAUUGUCGCAGCUCAAGGAGUGGGUGAUCAACAUAUGGGUAUCUACAUCAAAAAAGUGGUCGAAAACUCCCCAGCCUUCCUUGAUCGGUCGUUAGCAAGAGGGGAUCAGAUAUUGGCUGUCAAUGGCAUGCCAUUGCUCAACGUGUCUCAGGAAAUUGCUGCUAAACACAUUUCAGCCGCAGGCCCUAUUGUCAGGCUAGACGUGCUGAAGAACCAAGCUGCUUUCAAUGGACUAGACUCGUGGCUAGACUCCCGAUCUCAAGUACAACAAGCUCAAAACAAUGCUCAAAUUUAUGCCACAACUUCGGAUAUUCACUCACAUGUUGGGAGUUAUAGUCAGGUAGGGUUACGAUGAUUUGGUGUGGGGUUUUUGGUGGAAAGAAAGUUUUUGCGCAAAGAAAAUUUUUUGUUAAUUGAAAAAAAUUGAAAUUUGAAAUAUGUAUGUGAAGCUUAAAAUUGUUUAUUUUGAAUGUUUUCACAUAUUAUUAAUGGCUGAAAAGUCUUGGCGUUUUUUCAUUAUAGUAUCAACGUGAAUUGGUGACAAGACUUUUUUGACUUGAUAGUGGAGAAAUUUUUGAAUAUAAUAAUCAAUAGAAAGUUUUAUCUUACUCUUACCAAUCUUUUUUUUAGAAUUCCUUGCCAUCAGUGUCUUCCCAACGUCUUCCGGAACGUUUCCGACCGGUCGCUCGCCCACCAGUUAUGAAACCUCAUUAUCAACAACUAGCUCAUCCCGAUCAUCAAUUACACCAACUCAACGAUCAUCAUGGCUUCAUACGAAGAGGUUCGGUCGGAUCACUGAAAGUCAUCCAAAAUGACGUCAGAAUCCCACAACCACCUCCAGAAUCCGGCCGACGAUCAGCGCCGAUCUUUGAACGACCGGAGGAAGUCGACCGAAAACCGUCGUUAGGUAAGGAUGAAUGACUGUAUUUGGGGUUUUUGGAUAAACAAGAAGCUUGGUGAUGGUGUUUUAUAGAUUGUAGGGGAAAGGUCAUAUAAGGAAUGGCAGAAACUUUGAGUUAAAGGUUGAUUUUUUGAGUAUUAGGGUGAUUUUUCGACGAUUUUUGUUUAUUUUUGGGUCAAAACAUGUUUUUGAAAAGUGAUUUUAAGCGGAGCUUAGAAUUUUUAGAUAGCCAAGAAGCUUGUCGAUGCUGUUUUAUAGGUUUUAGUAGAAAGGUCAUAUAAAAAAUGGCAGAAAAUUUUAGUUGAAGGUUGAUUUUAAAGGGUGUUUAGCCUAUUUUUUGUUUGUAAUAAUGUCAUUUUAAGCUUGUAAACUAUAACAAUUAUAAAAAUAUUUUUAAAAUUUAAAAGUAUAGAACUUACAAAUCAUAAAACCCUCAAAAUUUGUUUUAGGCUAUAUCCCCCUUACCAAUGGAACCUCAAGACUAGUUCAUCGUCAACCUCCUGUAGUCAACGAAGUGGCCAGAAGUCAUGAAGCCUGUCUAAAUGAAUUGAAUAAAGAAUUCGAAAAAAGAAUAUCAUUCAAUUCGAAUCAUUCGAAUAACUCUAGGAAGCUGUAUCCACACAAUAAGAAUGAUGACGACUUUGUGCGACAGGUCGAUUUGCUUCAGGAACAAGCGAACCGACUGGUUUAUGAUGAUGAGGGAAGGGAAAGGUAGGGUGGAUUUGAGGUUUUUUGUUAGGAAUGAUAAGGUUUUUUUAAGUUUUGAGGAAGGAACUUUAAAUUUUGAGGGUUUUGUUACCUAAAAAUUUAGUUUUCAAGUUUUUUUGUCAUCUAAAAUUACACUUUUUUUGAGGUUUUGAAGUUUAAAAUGUCAUUUUUAAGCCUUUUGUUACCUAAAAUUAGUUUUUUUCGAAGUUUAAAAUGUUUUUUUUGUUACCUAAAAUAACAAUUUUUUAUGUUUUGGUACCGAAAACAUCAUUUUAAACUUUUUUGUUACCUAAAAUUUCAAUUUUGAUAAUGUGUAAUAUCUAAAACAAGCCAAAACCUAUGUACUUUUAGCUCUCACCACGAGUUCCAGCCUCGCAAACAGAGUCUGAAAGAGAACCGAGCCAUACCACCACAAGAUCGCUUACUGUACGAACUCGAGGAUGAUGUAAAUAAUGUAAAGUGCGUUGAAAACGAACCUCGAGUUCAGAUCUUGGGCUCAAGCGAGGUUUACAACGAUCCACGACAGAGAAGACUGAAUCAGAUCAACGAAUCUCAGAAUGCGCAGAAGACUGGCUCGGUAAGGGAUAUUAUAGUAGGCUUGAAAGAAGAUUACUAGGUCAUUUCACAUGAUAUACUGUAGUUUCUCACAAAAUUAGAUACAUAUCACCAUCUAAAACAGUAAAAAAUAUUUAUGUUUUCAGCGUGACGGAUCUCAACUAGACUUCCGAGACAAGAUGAGACUGUUCGCUUCUCAGCUAGGCGAAGACGACCUUCGUGCCAAGUUCAAAGCUUCGUCGGCCGAACGCGAAAUCGAAGAAUCGGCCUAA